CGCCGAUCGAUCAGGAGAACCAGCUAGCGAUGAAGCAAAAGAUCGUGAUCAGGGUGCACAUGGAGUGCGACCGGUGCCGGUCCAAGGCGCUGGCGCUGGUGGCGGCCACGGGCGGGGUGGACUCCGUGUCGCUCGCCGGCGACGCCAGGGACCAGGUCGUCGUCGUGGGCGACGACGUCGACUCCAUCAAGCUCGCCAGCGCGCUGCGCAAGAAGGUCGGGCCUGCAGAGAUCGUGCAGGUCGCCGCCGCCGAAGCCAAGAAGGAGGAGAGCGGCGCCGGCGGCAAGAAUCCUCCGGCCACCACCCCCACCGCGCUGCCCGAGUUCGUCGCGUCGACCCCGUGGUACUACUACCAGCACUACCCGCAGCCGGCGGCCGUGGUCUACGAGCACCCCGCGGCCGGGUACGCGUGCGCGUACGGGGACCAGACGCGGACUGGCAGCAUCUGCUCCAUAAUGUAAUGUAGAGAGCCGGCUUCUUCCAUGCAAGCAUUGACUUGACUUGGUUCUGUCUUUUGAGCUUUUGUUUGUUGUUGAUGAUCCGUGAUCGGUGAGGAAUAGGUAGUCUUUUCCACAGAAUUCUUUGUAUCUGUAUGGGCUUUAUUUUUGUUUUCUAUAAGCGCCAGCUUAAUGGGCCCAAUUCCAUCAUGUAUU